AUGCAGUUGGAAUAUGAUUCUCCCAAUUUGGUACAAAGAUUCCUUUUGGUUCUCUUUUACUACCAAACCACCAGGCAUCAACCAUGGCAUGAGUGCAACCCACCUCCAGCUACCCAAGGGAGUGCAACCUCUGGUCUCUGUUAUAAACCUCAUUAUCUCUCUGGUGAGACAUCAAACAACAUAUGGGGGGACUGGUGGCUCUCUGCAAGUCAUGAAUGCCAGUGGGCUGGAAUCACUUGUGGAACUUCCAAACACGAGGAAAAGAGAAUCAUCGAGGUAACACUGUCUACAAACCAACUCAAUGGCCCACUGCCAUGGGAAAUCUUGCAAUUGGCACAACUGAAGCAUUUAGAGCUGAGUUACAAUGUGCUGACAGGAACGCUUUCCCCAAGGUUGUUCUUGAGUGAAUAUGCCUUGACAAUGGAGCAUCUCGACUUGAUUGGAAACAGAUUGACUGGAACAAUCCCGGGAGAAUGGUUUGUGGAUCUUCACGAAGGAAACGGUAAACUUGAGCUACUUCUGAUUGCAGAGAACAGGUUGACCGGGACAAUUCCUUCCGAAGUGGGUUUGUUCCCUUUGAGGGUGUUGGUUGCAGGAAGAAAUGCGUUGAUUGGGUCACUUCCAAUGGACCUAUUCUACCAGAGUUCAUUGGCGAUACUUCACGUGGAAGACAAUCAGAUCACGGGAACCAUACCCACUGAAAUUGGCCUACUUGCAAGCUUGACCCAGAUUAAUCUUUCUGGCAAUAGCAUUUCCGGGUCCUUGCCCUCGGAGAUUGGAUUGGCAAAAGGGCUCACUCGUAUCCAUCUGAAUGCUACAAACAUGGAAGGAACGCUCCCCGAAGAGCUCUACAGUGAACUCAAUAAUCUACGACGGUUGGACUUGAAUGGAUGCAACUUCUCUGGGACAAUCAGCUCAUCACUUGGUCUUUUGACAAAACUGCAUUGGAUUCAGCUUGCUAACAACGACUUCCAUGGCACCAUUCCGAAUGAAAUCGAGACAUUGACCGGCCUGAGGCAACUUCUAGUGAACGGGAAUAAGCUGUCUGGAACUGUUCCGGUAUCUGUCUGCCAAAACUUUGCAUAUCUUGAAAAAAACAAGCAUUCCGAAGUUUUGUUGGUGGCAGACUGUUUACCCAAUACAGAAACUGGAGUCCCUGCCAUUGGUUGUGCUGAUGAUUGCUGCACAAGUUGUUGUGACGUGAAUGGGGUUUGCCUUGCCAACUGA